AUGUUGACAGAUUUAUUUCCGAAUAAACCACAAUUAGCAUACAACUAUUUACAUUCACUGGAUUAUACCGAUGAUUUGCACAUAUUAGUUGAAGGAGAUAGUGUGGAUUAUUACUUAUUUUAUGAUGACGGUCAUGUGGAACAUAAAAUCUUAGGUCAUGAUUAUACUGCUGGAGAAGUACCCGUAAUUACAAGUCCAGGAACGAUUGCUUCGAAAGCGUUAAAAUUACGACAUGGGAAGCAUGGAUUUGCUUUCAUCAUCAGCGUUCUUACACCAGAAUGGUCAUGUGAUCGAUGCAACAUCGGAGCCGGACAAUCGUUUCUUGACAAAUAUGUUGGAAAAGAAGAAUGGUGUACAGAAGAAUUUUUAAAAGAACUAAUAGGACCUAACUGGAAGGACAAUCAAAUAAUACAUAAUCAACACGCACAGUGA